AUGGACAACGAAAAGCCCAAGGAUGGAGUCAAGACCGAGAACAAGAAUCAGGUUACUGUGAAGGUGGAGAGGCGGGGUGGUUCUGUGGUGCGGUGUAGGAUUAAGAGACGAACACCAAUUAGUAAACUGAGGAAAUCAAUGAAACAGACACCUGCACAGCUGGAAAUGGAGGGUGAGGAUACAGGGGAUGUGUCCCAGCAGCAGACAGAGGUGUCUACUGAAAAGGGAACCUGCUACUUGACUCCAGAACUCUCUUCAUCUACUCCCUGUGUCUCAUUCAUUCAGUCCCUUGGCUUUAAUGCCAUCUGUACACUCAUUGACUCCUAA